UUUUUGUUACCGCUGAGUGAGUAAGUGUGUUAGAAUGCCUGUGUACUGACACCGACUAGAGGUGACGGAACGCGCUGCCCGCGGCUUCCCGCAUCAUGGACGACGAGGACACGAGAGAUUACAAAGAACCAUGUCCGCAGUGUUCAGAAGUAAACUGGGGAUUAACAGAAGAAAGCAAGUUCUACUGCAAAUCAUGUCACACAGUCAUAGAGAAAACAAAAGAAAUUGAUCCAAUAGAAACUUUUUCUUUGAAUUCCAAGAUGCAAUCUAUAAACCGAGGUUUAAAACGAAAAAGAAAAGACGAAAAGGGCUGGGAUUGGUUUGUUUGCGAGGCAUUCCAGUUUAUACUACAGAAACAGGCAGAAGCUCUGCAGAAGUUGGGAGUAGAUGCUCGGAUCAAGGAUGAUGUCAUAUGCAAUCUAUGGCGGAGAUACCUUCAAAAGAACAAAGUGGCUUAUGUUAAACGAAAGCUAGGCAGUCUGACGGAUUCUGAAAGUAAUGCUUCUUUCUCCGAGCCAGACAGUGAGUUAGAAGCUUUCGGUUUGGAAGACAAUUCAACUGGAGGAGAAACCUCUGCAACCGAUAGACUGGAAAGUGCUACGUCUGUCUGUUCGGGAUCUGUAGAUGGCAGAUUGUUUGUAAAAGAAAAGAACCCCCUAAAGAUGUCUAUGCCGUUGACCCUGGCAUUCUGUUAUCUCUCGUUACUCUGGCUGAGAGAGUCUAUCACGCUGUCCGACUUGCUGCGGUUUGUUUUUAAUGAACAUAUACCAUACAUGAAAGCAGAACAGUAUAUCCCAGAUGAAAUUAAGAUGCAUGGACCCGAUAUUCAUAUCUUUCACGUUCAGUGUCUUCCAGAAUAUAACAUUAUAACGAAAAAGACUUUUGAACUUGGAACAUUUUUGGAUUUACCACGAUUUCCACCAAUAACUGAGAAUUGCUAUCUUCAUCCUAAUGUGCUUUGUAUGAAGUAUCUGAUGGAGGCCAAUUUGCCAGAUGAACUUCAUGUUUGGACCAGUCGGGUGGCAAAGAAGCUAUGCCUUGAUGAUGCUACUUAUUUGACAUUUGAUCCUUUGCAAGAAAAAAAAAUGGUUCAAUAUGAUGUCCAGUCAGUAGCUCUGAUCAUAGUGGUGCUCAAACUGUUGUUUGUUCUGGAUGAUCACAAAGAAUGGGCCUUGGCAGAAUGUGCCUUCAGGAGCAAUACAAAUAAAAAAGGGAAAACGCUGUUUGAUUACCAGGAAUGGUACAAAACAAUGAAGGUAACCCUUGAUAAAAGUCAAAGGCAGCUGGCUGAAGAAAAUGCCAGGUUUAUAUGGAAAAGCAAUAGGGUACUUUAUUACUCCAAAAAUGUCAAAGGCGUGUUUAGUAAAAGAAAACGGAUGGCAAGGAACCUACACCAGCAGUUUAGCGAUCUGGCUGAAUCGGCACCUGACGAUGGGAAGCAAAGCCCGUCGAGUUUUUUGUUUAAUUGGGAAGAAGAAAACAUAGACAUGACUUGUUUUCAUGGACACAGCCUGGAGGGAAUUAUGCAACACGACGUGAAAACCAAAAACAGCGAUUUCUGGUUGAGUUCAUUGAAGAAAUGCAGAACUAAGAUUUGUAAACAUUGGACGUUGUAUGACGAGUCAAACUUCCCAAGGAGCUAUCACUUUGUAUUGUCUCUCUUCUGCUUCAUGCUCAGACUGGAACUGUGCGUAGUCCACCACGAGGUGUGCUCAAUAGAAUACAAACUUUUCAACUACAAGUUUAAAGGACUCCAAAAAAACAAAGAAAGAGGUGCAACAUGAACACCAGUUUUUAUAUGAACAGAACAAACAAUUGCACAGUCUAAAAUCAAAAGUUUCCAUUUUCAGUCCCGUGCACGUCUUAUCAUCCAACUAAUAAAAUGGUUUCUGGAGCAGUUA